AGUUGAGCGACAACCCUAAUCAGCUGCCUCUUGGCAAAUUUCGGGCUAAAAUUCUUGGAAUUUAAUACGUGGCUACCGCUUUUAUCUCGCACAAAUUGGAAUAAGUAAUGUCUGCUGACGACAGGUAGCAGCAGCAGCAGCAGCAGCAGGUGCAUCUUUUCAAAUAAGCGGCCACCCCUUAAAAACAACCCAGAGAUGUUUCCCUGCCUGUGCCAGCUAUGCUUCUAUCUGCUCUCCGCUAUUGCUCUUGCGGUGCUGCUGGUUGUAGCGUUGGUUUUGUACAAAACCAAGCCCUAUCCCAACAUCGAAAGGCACAAGGAUGAGGAGACAUUCCUGGAUCCGAAAAGCAUCAAGACGUUGCCAUUUCCCAGCAUUGAGGAGACGCCUAGUUUGGAGCUCAGUGUCAUUGUGCCAGCUUACAAUGAAGAGCAGCGAUUGCCUGCUAUGUUGGACGAGUGCCUGGCCUUUCUUGAACAGAAAUCCGCAGGAAAUCCCAGUUUCACCUACGAAGUGAUCGUGGUGAGUGAUGGCAGUCAGGAUGCCACCGUUUCCGUGGCUUUGCGUUACUCUAAGAAGCAUGGAGCUGAGAAGGUUCGUGUCCUUGAACUCAUCGAGAAUCGCGGCAAAGGCGGUGCCGUUCGCAUUGGCGUCCUGAGUGCCCGCGGGCGUCAUCUUCUAUUCGCCGAUGCGGAUGGAGCCACCAAGUUCCCGGACUACGAUAAGUUGGAGGAGGCGCUGAAGCAACUGGCGCCGGAAUGGCAAGAGGAUGGCAUUGCUAUCGGAUCGAGAGCGCAUUUGGAGAAUGAUGCGAUUGCCACUAGGAGUUUCUUUAGAACCAUCCUAAUGCAUGGCUUCCAUUUUCUUGUCUGGCUUUUUGCCGUUCGCACCAUCCGCGAUACCCAGUGUGGCUUUAAGUUGUUUACCCGCUCAACGGCCAGGAAACUUUUCACCAGCCUCCAUGUGGAGCGCUGGGCCUUCGAUGUGGAGCUUUUGUAUCUUGCCGAGCGCUUGAAGGUGCCCAUGUCGGAGGUUGCCGUCCGUUGGACGGAGAUCGAUGGCUCGAAGCUGACGCCGUUCUGGUCCUGGUUGCAAAUGGGCACCGAUUUGGGCAUGAUCUGGCUACGGUAUUUAGUCGGAGCUUGGAGGAUAGCUGCUAUCCAGAAGAAGGAGAACUGAUGGGAUGAUGAGGGGAUCUCAUUUCCCGUUUCCGACUAGCAUUUUUUUUGCAUUACCAAAACUCUCUGAACUCUGAAUACUAUUUUGUGUAGGCCUUAAAAAAAUGUAAAGUUAAGUACACAGUAUUUGUUCAAAUAAAAAACAAAAAGAAAACUAAAUAUAU